AGUGUUAAUACCGCCAGCCCUUCUGUCGCUGUCAAUGGCAGUGAAUGAGUCAAGUCAUAAUUUCAUUGAUUAUUUUUACGAAAAAAAAAAAAAAAUUCAAGGCCAGAAAUAACUAUUUUAACAGCUGGUUCCCUGCUUACUCCUUUGAGUGCUCAAAAGAAAGAAGAAAGCGACCCCGGUCACAAUAGACACACUCCCAUAAGCCCCCUCCCCCUGUCGCUAACUGGCGUCCUCCUCCUCCUUCUUCUUUAGCCGAUUGUGUGCAUUGAGAUUUUCCAGGGAUGAGACCAAACAGCAGAUGAGCGCCAUCCCCUCCGCCCUUUUUUUUCCUUACAUGACGGAUGAUGGAAAGCAACCUGGGUGAAGGUGACAGUCAUAUUUGGAUGAUUAAGUGUACAAUUGUUUCAUUUCCUUUCUCUGUCAUGCACCUGCGAAACCGCGAGAACAUUUUUUUUCACUUGUAGGAUCUUUACCCACAGUCGUGAUGACCGGCCUUUUGAGGGUCCCGAGCUUCACUCUCAACCCAUUUUAAUUGUGCGUGGGAAGAAGAGAGAAGACGUUUUAAUGAACCCCUACACGCUAGCCGACACAAUGACCGAUAACUUGAGGAUUUUAUAAUCCUCCCCAGAGGAAGAGCGUCGCAUCUUGUAAGGAACCACAGAGGAAACGUCACCAUUCCGAAGUUGUCGGAAUCCAACAUGGGGUUUGGCGUCCUUGGUGUGUUCCUGGGACUACUCCUGGAGGUGUCUACUCAUGGACCUCAUGCUAUCCCUCGAACCUCCUGGAAACACAGAGAUCCUGAGGUGAUGGAGUUUUCUGAGCCGGGUAUCUUCAACUACUCAACGUUGCUGCUCAGUGAUGAACGGGAUGCGCUCUAUGUAGGCGCCCGGGAGGCCAUCUUUGAGCUGAGCAAGAAGAAUGUGACCGUCCGCAACAACAAGGUUCUGUGGCAAGUCGGUGAGAGCCCCAUAGCCAUGUGCACCCUCAAAGGAAAAUCAAAGGAGACCGACUGUCUGAACUACAUUCGAGUGCUGCAGGUUGUGGACGACCAGCGACUCUACGUCUGCGGGACGCAUGCCUUUCAACCCCAGUGUGAUUAUCUGACUUUGGCUGACUUUUCAUUAGAAGGUCGAGCAGAAGAUGGCAGAGGGAAGUGCUCCUUCGAUCCCUCGCAAAGUUUCACCGCAGUCAUGGUUGAUGGUGAGCUCUACUCCGGUACUGCUUAUAACUUCUUGGGUAGCGAGCCCAUUAUUUCUAGAUACUCUCCAUCACCAUACAUGUUGAGGACCGAAUACUCCACAUCAUGGCUCAAUGAACCUAGUUUUGUAUUCGCCGAUGUGAUCAGGGAAGGGGAGAACUCUGCGGACGGCGAGGAUGACAAAAUUUAUUACUUCUUCACCGAGGUGUCGGUGGAGUACGAGUUCUUCGGCAAUCUGCUCAUUCCGAGGGUGGCACGCGUUUGUAAGGGCGAUCAAGGAGGACAGAGGACGCUGCAGAAGAAGUGGACGUCCUUUUUGAAAGCCAAGCUGGUGUGCUCCAUGCCAGAACUCAAUUUUGUCUUCAAUGUGGUGCACGACGUCUUCAUCCUGAAGGGCGCACGCUUGAGGGACACUGUCAUCUAUGGCGUCUUCACCUCGCAAUGGGGAAAUGUUGGCCUUUCGGCCGUGUGUGCCUACAACAUGUCCGCUGUGGAUGAGGUCUUCUCCAAGGGCAAAUACAUGCAGAAGGCAACUGUUGAGCAGUCUCACACUAAGUGGGUCCGCUACAAUGGAAUUACACCCUCGCCACGCCCUGGAGCAUGCAUCAAUAGCCACAUGCGGCAGAAGAACAUCAACAGCUCGCUUCACCUCCCCGACAAAACCCUGCAAUUCGUCAAAGACCACCCGCUGUUGGAGGACCCCGUCCUCCCCAUCGGGAACAGACCCCGUCUCAUAACCAAGGAUGUCAACUACACGCAAGUCGUCGUGGAGCGGGUCCGCGCCCUCGACGAGAGCAUCUACGAUGUCAUUUUUACCGGAACAGAUAAAGGGGUCCUGCACAAAUCAGUAGUCCUCGGAGGUGAGGUACACAUGGUGGAGGAAAUUCAGCUGCUGAAGAACUCUGAGCCCAUCAAAAACUUGCUAUUAUCAUCCGAUACACGAUCGCUGUACGCUGGUUCUGACUCAGGGGUGGUCCAGUCACCCACAGCCUUCUGUAGCAGAUACCAGUCCUGUGAUGACUGCAUACUGGCCAGAGACCCAUACUGUGCCUGGGAUCCUCAAACAUCUCACUGCGUCAAAAUCUCUGAAAUACCCAGUCAGCAGCUCAGGAGGCUAAUUCAGAGCCUUAAUGGUGAUGCAGACAAAUGUCCCAAAGCUCCAGUUUUGUCCCUGAAAGACUACCAACGUGUUUCCGUGAAGCCCGGGAGCUCCGCCGAGCUGCCGUGCCUUGUUCGCUCCAACGCGGCACAAGUGACGUGGAAAUCUAACGGCUCACUCCUCACCGAAGCCUCGCCCUUCCACUUCAUCCGCGAGAACGGCCUGCUCAUCUACAGCGUGGCCGCCGAGGACCAGGGCCGCUACGAGUGCUGGUCGGUGGAGUUCGCCAGCGCCGUCGGGAAGAACUUCACGCGCCUCCUGGCGGGAUACAUCUUGACUCUGGACGUCCCGCACACUUCCGACACUUUCCAGACGCACGGCGUGGAAGGUAAAGUCGUGGCAGACGGCGUGCUAACAUCAGCCCUCGCCCCGCAAAAUUUUACCGCCGCCGUUCAGCUUACAUCCCCGCCCCGCUCGUCACUAACGCCGAGUAGCGGCACAGAGUGGCCUCCCGAGCCGCACGUUCCCCCUGAGAGCAGCUCCCCGGAGGCGGAGUACUUACAGCGCAGCAACGGCACUGCCCUCCUCUUCCUCUUCUUGCUGUUCUUCCUCCUCUUUCUGGCCGCCGUGGCGUACAACUGCUACAUGCAGUACCUCCCUCCACCAUGCUUACGCUUGCGAGCGGCCUUGUUGGGCACGCACAAGAAGAGCGAAGCCGCCCAACCCGAGUACAGCGCCUGCGAAGCGGGACUCAUGGACACCGCCUCGGAUAAAAUCGCCGCGACGUCGCGGCCCCCGCAGAACAGUAGCACGAACCUCCGCGCUCUGCGCGAUACCGGCUACGAGACGGAGCCCGAGUACGUCAACGGACGCGUGCCGUCUCACGGUUUCGGCGACGAAAGCCCGUCCCCGCAGAAGCCCUUCGACGUAGACGGCGACUCCCAGUCCAUUCAGUUCGCCGACGCCGACGAGCCUUAUUGCUAGAAUUUUAUCUUUCUGCUUUUUAUGUUGCGUUGCGCCCUCUUCAGGGGGGUAUACACUCAGAUUGCAAAAGGGUUGAAAAUUUAGGUUGUUAAAUUUAGGCUGGAGUAUGUUUGAAAUAUUCCAAAUUACACAUUUUUCAUGGGAAUUUACUAGGUAUUGAAGGUAGCUCUCCUUUCCCUUUUUGAUGAUAGACGUCCAAUCAUUUGGCUCGUUCUUUUUUAGUUUGACACUAAUAGACGUCCAAUCCAUUUGAACGUCAACCGUUGCCAAUAAUGGCCAAUGAGUUAAAGUGCCUAAGUAUUCCCCUAGAUUUCUCAUGAAAACUUUUAAAAUUUGAAAAUUCUCAGCUUGUCGCAUAUAAUGGAGAAUUAGUAUGGAGGACUAAAUGGGACAGAAUGAAAUACAGCUUGUCCAUUCCUACGCAGGCGACGUAACCCGAAUUUCGUGGAAGUUGGAAUUAACCCUUUAAGUACCUCCUAAAUCUCAAAAUAACUAUGCAAAAACAUGGAUUAUACGUUCUUCUUCAAGUGUACGUGGGCUCUUACUCGCGUGCGAAAGUACUACAUCCGCUACGAUUCCGGUGCCAAAAUAAAAGCAUGCAUCUCAAAACAAAAGUCAACAUAAUCAAAUACACAUUUCGCUAAAGUGCAAAACAGUCACAUAAAAUGAAUAAAGUAAAAAAAAAAAACAAUGAUGAGGGACAAUAAGGUACUGUGUACUCAGCUUAAAAACAAAACAAAAUGGCGAACGAGACUCCGCUGUCGUAAAGUCGAAAUCACAUUCAUGGGUUCAUCGUAACCUGAGGACUCCGGUACCUUUAUAUGAAUACAUUUUAAAUUAAUACUUUAAAAGUGUCAUUAGUUAAUUAAAAUGGGAAUUAAAUAAAAAUGUAGAUAGAUUUAUCUAUAUAUCUACAUCUAUCUAUACAUCUCAACAACAACAAAAAUGUUUCAAUAAUUCAUUAAAAUACUAGUUGAAUAUAAAAGAAAAAAAAUCUAUGUCAUUGUUUUGCUAUUUAAUAAGGUAUUUCAUGGGCAUGUGUUGCAGCACUUAUUCGUCUGUCAAACUCAUCCAUUAAAGUCAGUGGGCGGGACUAACACCUGAUUGGUUACCCAGCCUAUCAAGCCAAAACUGAUCGGUUUUAGUAGAGGUGUGCAAAAUUUCCGAUUCUUAGAUUAUUCGCGAUUCGGCCGUGGAACAUUCGAGAACGAUUCACAAACAUCCAAAUUCCGAUUAUUGAAAUAUGCCAAGUAAAGCGGAAGUACAACACACUCAGCGCGCCGCGCAGUCUUCGGGACAAUGAGGAACGGAGCGAGAGUAGCUAAACAUCAUGCUUCUCAUUACCCGGCCCCUCGGGUAAUGCCAAUGCUCAACUCACGGCUGUAGCUCAACUCAUGCCACGAGAUAAAAAAACACAACAACAUAUCUGACUGCUGCCGAAAAGCUGCUACAAAGUACAUCCACAUAAUGUUACGGUAGAUAUCAUUUAUAUAGGACUAGAUGCAAUAUAGAUUCGGUAGGGUUAGCAGCACAUCUACAAAAAUCUAGAUGCGGGCGUUAGUAAACGGCCGCCAUCUUAAAGCAGUACACUUCCCUGCAAGGCUGUUGUAGCGAACCUUCCAAGCAAACCUAAUUAACUUUUUAUCUAAAAUACUCCUAAAUCGGUAAAAUAUUGACUUGAAUCUAUCUUUAAAAUAGUUUUAAACCUUUCACAUGAAAAAUAAUAAUAAUAAUAAUAAUAAUAAAAAAACCCUGCUGAUACAGAAUGGGGACUGGAGUUUUUCAUUUACUGUUAUUUUUGUAUAUUUUUUUACUGCUAUAUGUUAACUUAAUACUGAAAUAGUAGUUUGGUUUAGCCUGAGAGGAUUUUUGAACAAUUUUGGAACUAAUGUACAAAACAUUAAAAAAAAAAAAAAAAAAAGGAGGGGGGUGCAUCAAUAAUCGUUUUAUAAUCGAAUCGGAGCCUCUGAAUCGUAAUCGUAAUCGAAUCGUUAGGUGCCCAAAGAUUCCCAGCUCUGGAUUUUAGAGCCAGUAAACAUAUUCCGACACACUAGGAAGCGCUUCCUUUACUUUGGUCAAACAAGUGGAGGACAAGUGGCACCUACCGUAAUUUCUGGACUAUAAGGCGCACCUGUCUAUAAGCCGCCAGCCACUAAAUUUGAUAUGAAAACGGCAUUUGUUCAUAGAUAAGCCGCACUGGACGAUAAGCCGCAGUUGUCCUCAUUGUAUUAUGGGAUAUUUACACCAAAAGAUAUUAACUGGUAACACUUAAUUUGACAAUGGCAUCAUAAGACUGUCAUAAAACCAAAUGAACCACCAUUAAGCUUUGAACCAAUUUGGUGCAAAGCCUUAUUGUUUUAAAAAUCUUCAUUUGGCCAUCACUGCUCCCUUGGGGGAGACAGUCAACCUCUGCUGCCACCUGCUGUCAACACUGUUGUCAUCCAACAUUCCUCCUACCAUGCAUUGCAGCGCUACAGAUGUAAAAACAAUCAAAAUUCAUGUUCUGUGCCAAUUAUUUCUUCAGUUACUGUUCCAGUUGUUUUAUUAAUUGCUAGUUAUGGUAUUUGGUAACAUUUUUUUGGAUAGUGGUGUCAUAAUACUGUCAUAAUUAUUACAUGACACUGUCAUAGGCAUUAUUGAAUGCUUAUAAUAGAUGUCGGUUAGUGUCAUCCAGCAAAUUACCUCACUUUUGAAUGGACGUAAAAGAUCUGAGUUGGACAUAAAUGGAGUUAGUGAUAUAAUAUGCAACAUGACACAUCUUGACAUCUGUCAUAAUAAUUCAGUAAUGCCCAUGACAGUGUCGUGUCAUGUCAUAAUUAUGUCAUAAUUAUAUCAUAAUUAAAUAAGACUCUUAUGAGAGUCUUAUGAUGCCGCUGUCAAACAAAGUGUUACCUAUUAAACCAAAUAAAUCAUCAAAUAAGCCCCACUGGACUAUAAGCCACAGGAUUCAAAAUGAGGGAAAAAAGUAGCAGUAUAUAGUCCGAAAAUUAGGGUAGUUAAUACAGGUAGUCCCCAGAUUACGAGCAAGUUCCGUUCCUACGCUGGCGACGAACCCCAAUUUCCACUUAAGUCAGAAUUAACCCUUUAAGUACCCUAAAAUCUCAAAAUAACUAUCCAAAAACAUGUAUUUUACAUGAUUGAACUGUCAUCACCAAGACGUUGGAGCUAGACAGCGAGCUAAGCUCCAAAAUGACGAUGCCAUACGUCAGUGUGGUUUGCUGACUUUAUUCAGCUGCUCGUGACAUCAACACUUGCAGAAUGAAACUAAAAUAAAAAUGAAAUUGAAUCAGUUUCAUCUUCAAUAGCAGCAAUUCAAAUUUGCCUUUGUAACUAACUGCUGAUACGGCAAUACCAAUCCACACAAACGAUUAGUGUGUAUCUGUUAGCGUCCAUUCAUCAUCAAAAACAAUCACAUGAACUCGCCCCAAGUGCUCGACCACAAUUGAAAACACAUGAUAAACAGUACAAAAGGUGUUUUAUACAGGCGUUGCCUCUGUGGAUGCUUCACAAAAAACAAAUGUGCACGCAGGCUUGCAGCUGCAAAGUAUUCCCUCUCGACCUGUCUAUGUUAGGGGUGUCAAACGAUUAAAAUUUUUAAUCGAGUUAAUUGCAGCUUAAAAAUUAAUUAAUCGCAAAUAAUCGCUAUUCAAACCAUCUCUAAAAUAUUCCAUAUUUUUCUGUAAAUUAUUGUUGGAAUGGAAAGAUAAGACAAGAUGGAUAUAUACAUUCAACAUAUACGGUACGUAAGUACUGUAUUUGUUUAUUAUAACAAUAAAUCAACAAGAUGGCAUUACCAUUAUUAACAUUCUGUUAUAGUUCUUAAAAGAUAAAUGUUAGUACAAGUUAUAGAAAUUUUAUAUUAAAACCCCUCUUAAUGUUUUCGUUUUAAUAGAAUUUGUAAAAUUUUCAAUAAAAAAAUAAACUAGUAGCCCGCCAUUGUUGAUAUCAAUAAUUAGUUACACAAUGCUCGUGGGUGCUGAAGCCUAUAAAAUCAGUCGCACCCAAGCGCCAGCAGAGGGCGAUAAAACUCCGAAAAACACAACAAAUACACAUUUCACUUUGCUGUCAUUUUAAUCUGUUUGAGUGGGGCAUUUGUGCGUUAAAUGCGUCAAAUAUUUUAACGUGAUUAAUUUUAAAAAAUAAUUACCGCCCGUUAACGGGAUAAUUUUGACAGCUCUCGUAUAUGUUUUUACAUUUAGUAAGCUUGCAAUAUAAUAAAUUGAUUACAUUUUAAUUUAUUAUAAUUUAUUUCCAUUUUAAUUAAGGACACAUUUAAGUAUUUAAAGAUGUAUAACUAUUUACUUCUGUCACAUUUGAUCCUCCACAGAUUAGGGCCAGCAAAAAAAACAAAAAAAGAAAAAUUUGUUCAGAAUCCUCUCUGUUAAGUCAGUAAUAUCACUCUAAAAGUGAGAAUCCUGCCAACCAUUGUUUUCUUUACUGGCCCUAAUCCUCUUUUGUAUUUAUCCAAUCUUGAAAAUGUGACUUUACUUCAAUAAACCAAAUUCCUGUUGCAGUACCAAGCUUAACCUAUAAGUGGCAGCACAGUGCCUCAUUACAUACUGACUGCUAAGGAAUACAAAGAAGAAAGUGGCGAUGAAAAUGUAAAAAGCUAAGCUAAUUAUGAUCAUUAUCUCUAUGUAAUGGAGUAGUGAUUCUUGCCCUUUUAAAUAUUAUUGUGACAAAUGGUGUUAUACUUAUAUAGCGCUUUUCCACCUUUCAAGGCGCUCAAAGCGCUUUACACUAUCUCACCAUCCACCUACUGGUGACGCAGCACCAGGAGCAACGUGGGGUUCAGUAUCUUGCUCAAGGACACUUAGGCGAGUUCAUCAGGGCGGAGAAUUGAACCCACAACCUCUGGGUUGGGGGACAACUACUCUAACCACUGAGCCACGCCACCCCAAAUGACAGUUUUGAUUAUUGCUAACGAUGUAGUAACAAUUGUUGCUAUAUUAGCCUAAUUAGGCUUUUUUUUUUUUAGCCUAAUGAUUUGAUUGUUGCUAGAAUUGUUGCCAAAAUUGUCCCAAUUGUCAGUAUGUGUGUGUACCCCGCUUUAGCUUAAGACCAGCAAUGCUCUUUCCUAAAUUCCAAAUUGGAAACAUUGUUUACCAAAUUGGUAAGUUAUAUAGAUGUUUUCCGAAUUGGACUCAGUUUUCUUUGUACAGGCUGAGCAAGUCAUUCAUUUUAAGUUUUUUUGUUUGUUUGUUUGUUUCCUGCAUCCUGGGCCAAUGGAUCGCAAAAAUUCUCAGGGAAGGUUUCAACCUAGCAUGUCAUUGCCUAGCUUAAGUCUUGGGAGUACAGAAUAGGGGAUUGAAAAUCGACUAAUUGCCAAGAAACUUCUAUGGUAUGUUGAGAGGGAAAAAAUGCAGUUUUUUUCUUGCCAUGUUGUUCCUUCACAACAUCCCUUUUGCUCAAUCUUCCACUCUAUCCACUUUUUUUGUUUUUAAAUUAGUGUACAUCCCGCUAAUAGACGUAAUUCAUAAAUACUUGACUCGAUCUUAUUUAAAAGAAUCAUUCAUAAAAGACUGCCUGAUCUAAAUGUAACUGUUUUCGUAACCUAAAAAGCAGCGCCUUCCGAGGGACCUAAACUUUUUCACUGCCAUUGACGGCGAUAGAUGUCCAAUCCAUUUUGACUAGGCAAUCUGCAGGUGAAUGCUCAUCUUGCAGUACCAUUGACUUGGAUAGACGUUCAAUUCAUUUCAACUGGGAGGGGCGAAUGAACCAUCCAUUCACCCCUCCCAGUUGAAAUGAAUUGGACAUCUAUCCCCAUCAAUGGCAGCCAGUGGGAAAUGAAAAAAUAUCCUCUCUUCCAUUACGAUUAAGAGUUGUGCAAAAAUCAAAUUUACCCCAUGACGAAAAAUUUGCAAUCAAAUAUCGUGUCCGGAUACAUUUCAGUAUCAUUACUUCAAUACUUUUCGAUACGAUCAUUCGCUGCCAGCCUCUCCCAGUCAAAGUGGAAUGAAUGUCUAUCUUGAAGUGAAAGUUUCUAAGGUGAGAGUUUGUUCGAGAAGCAUUUGGAAAAUAAACUUUCACCUUGUCCGUGAGUUAACAAUUAAGUUUUUAAAGUUUUGUACCGCAAAGUUCCACAAAUACUGUAGUUUUUCUCAGUUUUAAAACAAAUUUGCUCAUAAAUAUAUUCUCAAUAAAAAACAAAACAAAUGUACCAAGACUAGGCAGGUAAAUGGUUAUUUUUGAGUUAAUUUAAAUGUGUACAGAUUAGAGAUGUCCCGAUCCGAUCACGUGAUCGUAAAUCGGGCUGAUCGCGCCAUUUUUCAAAGGAUCGAAAUUGGGUGAAAAUGAUUGGGUUUUUAAUUUUUAAAAAAUCUCUGCAUCAUACUCGCACAGUGUCUCGCUCCCCCUUCCUGCUGCUUUUCUUGCUCACCAAGCAGCUGCUUGUUAAUGUUAACGAUGCGAAUAAUAAUUGUCCACUCGGGGGGUGCGUUCAUUCUCAUCGCACCUGUUCCCUGUUCACAUUUGUUCCACGACUGAGCCAAGCCUGUUAUUUGCUCCGCCUACUUCUUUUAAACACAAUUGUUACUUGUUAGACUGGUAAAAUAUAUAUUUUUGGGAAUAAAUAUGUUUCCGCUGUGUUUUCAUAAAUGAAGCGGGAAUCGGGUGUUAAAGUGAAUUAUUCUUGUCUUUUAUUUAUUUAUUUUUCCUCCUCCAUCAUGUCGUAGUUUGUUUCCACUGUCCUCAAUUCUACUUUUUUCCUCCUUUUUCCCCACCAUUCCCAUCCUUCUUCCGCAGCAUCUUCAUCUGUCUUCCCUUCCUCUACUUUUACUUCCUCUUCCUCCACCAAACCUCGCAUGAAGGCUGGCGAGGCAGAAGUGAGGCUGUUGCCCCCCCUUCUGAAGGACCAGGCAUGGGGGCUUCACGCCCACGAGGCCU